UGGUGGUGAGGUUGGGGGCUGGAGAGGAGCGCUGUUAUUAUAAAUAUAUGACAGUAUAUGAAAAGACUUACGGUAUAAACAGCGGUAUUUUCCAAAGCAAUAUUCUUGCGAUGGCAUGUCGUCAAGUUUUUAGGACAAUCGUGUGAUUGGAACCCAUUGUUUCGCUACCUGAAAAUCAUGUGGAAGCCUACUGCUGCAUUGAUCAGAGGGAUGAGUGUCCUGAUGCAGCACCAUGCACGACUUGUGACACCACAUGCACCUGUUCUGUGGAGCUACAGAGUUCUGUCUGUGCUGCGGUCUCAGUAUCUCCAUGGGACAACUUCAUCGCUGCGGCCAUCAGAUGUAAUCUCUGCUCCCUCUGAUGUUCCUGGUGACAGUGGUAAAUCACCUGACAAGGCAUCUAGUGCCUAUGACAAAGGUGCAUGAUCCAGUAUACCCAGCAUCAUGUGAGGCAGAGCCCACAUCUGCUGUAGCUGACCCCAGGUCAGACCCUGCCAGUUCCAUCACCAGCACAUCCAGCCUCGACAUUGGUGCGGCCAACUCUCCUCCCGGCACAGCCCUUUUGGACCCUGAUGUGGCGGACGCUGACCUCCCCAUGGUGGACGCCCGCGCCGAUGUGACCCCGGCGCCGACCGCCGCCGAGCCGCUGCCCAAUCGGAGCCACAACUUGGCGCCGCUGGUGCUGGCCUCGGCCGACCUGCGCCGGCUGGUGGCGCUCGGCGUCGACGUGUCCGGCUGGGACAGACGGCCGGGCAUUGCCCAGUUCGUGGUGGGGCUCGACUUCGAGCGCCAGGUGUGGCCGUGCGUACGGUGGCUGCACGGCGCUGGCGUGCCUGACGACCAGCUUGGGCCCUUCAUCUCGCGCAACCCGCUCAUCUUCAAGGAGCGCCUCGAUGACCUCCAGGUGCGGGUCAACUACCUGGAGGCGAAACGCUUCAGCCGCCAGCAGGUGGCCUCCGUCAUUACGCGGGACCCGUUCUGGCUGCUGUUCAGCACGAGCCGUAUCGACCGGCGCCUCGGCUUCUUCGCCCAGCUAUUCCGGCUGGAAGCGAGCGAGGUGCGCCAGCUGGCGGCCAAGAGUCCGGGCGUCAUCACCAGCCGCCUGCGCGACAUCAAGGAUAUGCGGUUCACCAUAAAGGAGGAGUUCGGCUUCAGUUCUGCCGAGAUGAGGCUGAUCCUGCUGGGGAAGCCCAAGGUGUGGACGUUGGCCCGCUCCACUGUGCAAGAGCGGCUUCAGUUCCUGCACAAUGUGAUGGGCCUUCCGCACCGUCUGAUCGCCGAGUCGCCCAAUGUGCUGACGUUUCGCCAGUGGCGCGUGCGGCAGCGGCAUCUGAUGCUCAACAUGCUGGGCAGAGACCAGUACGACAGGAGCCGUCCGGGCUUCGUCAGCCUCGACAGCCUGGUGGGCUCCACGGACGAACAGUUCUGCCGGGAUGUCGCCAAAGUGCCUGUCGCCACCUAUAAUGAGUUCUUGAAAACCCUCUGACCUGCGAGUUUGCCCGGUUAUGUGUAUGGCUUCUUUACAAUAAAUUAUGUCUACAG